AUGUCGCUUCCCCGUCGACAGGCUGGUCGCCCACCACGAGACAAACCCGGCGAGCGUAGGAUUAUUCCGAAAAGGCCGGUGGGGUCUUUGAGCGCGGAUACAGCAGUUUAUAUAUCGUCCCGGACUGGAGAACUAAGAACCGAAAUCAUGAAUGUCAGCCGGAAACGCAAACGCACGGGGGAGCCCCAUACGCUGGAUUUGGACUCAGAUCGCGCAGGAGCAAGUGGUCGGCUGUGGGUUCCUGAUCUGGACAUGCCAGUAUAUCCGAUGGAUUCGACCGAUGACGCGGCACUGGAAAACGAAGGGAAUGCCGCGGGGCACAUGCUAGACGACGUAGAGACAGAUGAGGAGGAAGUUGAGGAAAUGGCGGCCAAGGGCAAGGGUCGUAAAGUCUACGGAGGCACUGUGAGUGGAGAGGAUGAGUCCAAGUGCGCGACUGACCGGAGUGCUCAGAAGAAUCCCAUGUCUCGUUGGCGGCCUCGAAUGUCAUACUUCCUUGACGAACUACUUCGUUAUGAAGGCCUCGCAGACUCGUUAGGCAACAUUCACUGCGGCCAUUGUCAUUCAAAGCUUGAGUGCCCGCCGGUGGGUGAUGAGGCAGCAGAAGAUGUCUCCGAGAACCAGGGAGAGAGCGCCUCUUAUGAUGAGGGAGAGAGCGUCUCGGGGGACAACAGGAAGGAUGCAGAAAGUGCGGAGGUGAAGUCAAAGCCAGGGAUCUUCAAGUGCUUGGACUGUGGCGUGUUUCUGCAAUGCCGAAAGUGUCUCUUACAGCGACACGCAAACUUUCCGCUGCAUGUUAUCAGAGAGUGGAAUGGAAGUUGGUGGAAGAAACUGUCGCUGGCGGACUUGGGCUUCGUGUAUCAGCUGGGUCACGGCGGUCUACCAUGCCCAUUCCCAGCUGAUGAAGUGCGGCGGAUGGUCGUGAUCCACGCGCCUCACAUUCACGACGUGCAAAUGCAAUACUGCAACUGUGCAAAGUCUGACCAUGCCAACAACGUCCAGCAGUUACUGAGGAACGGCUGGUAUCCGGCAACAAACAUCGAUCCAGGAACAUGUGCCACGUUCGAGACACUGGAGGCGUUUCGUUUAUACCAGAAGGUCGGGAAUAUGAAUGCGCGAGAUUUCAUGACGGCGGUGGAGCAGAUGACGGACGUGAGCGCAAAGACGGGGAUUAGGAAAGUAGUGGACCGCUACAAGCAGCUCCAGCGGAUGGCGCGUCAAUGGGCAUUUCUACUGCGAGUGAUGCGAGCGGGACGAGGACACGAUCCGUGUGGCGUAGAGAGUACUGAGCCAGGUGAGUGUGCAGUGAUAUGCUGGGCCUGUCCAUACGAGGGCCGUAACCUCCCGGAGAACUGGAAAGACGUGCAUCCAUCGUUUCGAUUCAUCUUCAUGCUGCUAUUGGCACUUGAUGCGAAUUUCCGUCUGAAGAAUCGAAUACGAGCGAAUGAGAUAGAGGACCGCUCUCUGGGCCCCGGAUGGGGAUACUGGGUCCCGCCAGACCCUUACAAUACGCACCUGAAGAACUAUGUCAGCGAGGAGGAUACCAGCACCUGUAUUGCGUUCGCUGCCUUACUCCAGAAGGACACUCGCCUUACGACUGGACUGCGUGUUUCGGGAGUCGGAGGAUGUGUUUGCGCCCGCCACGAGUGUAUGCGUCCGAAUGGUCUUGGUGACCUACAGAAGGGGGAGCGUUAUGCCAAUAUGGACUUCAUUGUGUUCUCUGCCCUCGUUGGCUUCGCCCUGUUCUGGCUCACGCUCUCAUACGACAUCGGAUGCCAGUGGAGGACGAAACUCGCAGAGCGGAUGGAUCGCCUGCCUUCCAAUCUGCAUCUUCCGCUCAAGGACAUCACGGUCCAAUGUGGGCUGCCUGUGUGGCAUGCGGCAUCGCACAACACCGACUGCCAGAACGCCAAUAGCCUCUCCUUUAAACCGGGUGUAGGGAAGACCGAUGGGGAGGGCAUCGAAAGGGUGUGGUCUACACUUAAUCCGACGGGCUACACCACCAGGACGGCCGGGUUGGGCAUGCGAGCGGACAUUUUAGAGGAGAAGAUUGAUCAUAAUAACUUCAUGAAAAACCUGGGUCUUGCCCAGACGCUGCCUACGCGCUUGAAGAUCGCCGAAGCCGAACGAAAGAUUCAAGUCGCUGCAUUCGAGGAUGUCAGCGUCACGGUACCCAAGGAUCUUAAGGAGGAAUGGACGACGGCAAUCAACGAGUGGCUGGCGGAUGAGACCAAACCGAAUCCCUAUGUCCUCGACACCCCUCUCUGUGUCUCUGAGGCACAGGUACGAUUGGACUUGCGAAAGGAAGAGGACCGAAUGACGGCGGAAGGGCGUCUGCCAGUGAAGGGCCGCACUAAGACAUCGCUUCUUACUGCCGGGAUUCAGAUCGAAGAUGCUCAAAGACGUAUCCGCCUCGAGGUUGCUGGCACGGUUGUCAUGCCCCCGGAUCGUGCCAUGAAGCUCGAAGAGUUGCGUCGUACAGUGCUCGUCAAGAUAGAGCGUUUCCGGGAGCUUCAGCUGCUUCAUAUGCCAGCGGUCAUCAAUAUCGUUCGGGAGACAGAGCCUGCAGCGGCUCCUCUGGCCGAGAACGUCAAGCUGUGGAUGCCCAGCGAGAUGCCAGCAUCUCUGGGCAAGGAUCGAGGGUGUACGCCUGAACUGGUGGGGAUGGAGGUUCGUCUGAGGGUCGCACAGUGCGAGAACAGCUUGGCGCAGGUCCGCGCUCGUCUGCAUGCCAAGCGGCACCUGAUCAACUUCCGGAAUGCAAACGUCACUGGGCAGGAGCAUUCGACAAAGGCCCGAACGAUUAUAGACGAGAUCGGCGAGAAGGUCAAUGCGUCGGCUGCGAGGUAUCGGACUGGGCGGGCAGCAUUGGUGGCAUGUGAGGAGAUCUCCUCAUUCCCACAUUUGCGCGAGUUGGCGCAGGAGGACUUGCAGAUGGAUGGUGUUGCAGUCGCCGCGGAUGACGAGGCUGCUACCAGCGACGCGGCAGCUGCCAGGAGGUUGGCCGCAUUCGGUGCGGGCCGAGCUCCCCGCCGUGAUGCUGGCGCUUCGAAGCGAACCAUGUCAUGGAUCUGGACUGCAAAAGGUGCCCUAGAGCAGGCAGAAGUCGAGUUACACGACUCUAUCCGCGUGGAAUGGGCUCGUGCUCGUGCUCGGCGUGAUCGUUGGUCCGAGGAAGUUUUAAUGCUCAAGGAGGAGAUGCGCCGUGUGUGCGCGUACUUGCAAUGGCAGGCCGAGUGGUGGUUGAAGCGGCAAGCAAUGAGGGAGGAUUGGGAUCAGUAUGUUGAGGCGGGAGCUAGAGCGUAUGCUCUGAAACAGGCCGCUUGGCAUACCGGACUGAGGGACCUUCUCAAAAUCAAGUGGGGAGCACGCAUUGGCGGCACCUCCUUUGACAAGCCACGUGAGAUUUAGAUGCGUCAACAUUUGUAGAUUAGAUAUGAUUAGCCAAGUGUCUCCUGACAUUGAUUCUGAGUACGGGAUAAGAUAAAAGAUUGUGAUUAUCAUGUGUGA